AUGUCUACAUUAGGUGAAGCUUUUCAGAAAAUGUCCGCAUUAGGUUUAGCUGCACUUUCAGUAGUUUAUUCACAUUCACAAAAUCUAUUCAAACAAACACUUCCUUAUUAUACAUAUAAUAUGAUUGGUUAUGAUGGCGUUCGAUGUUUUUUUGUACUGUCAGCUUUUUUAUUAACGUUUCGUGGAAUGUUAGAAUGGGAAGCAUACCUUGAAAAAAGAAAUAUUCCAAAAGAAGAAGAGGUGGCGAAAAAACAAUUAGGUAAUCUUGAGUAUCGAAAUGUUAGCGGGCUAGAUUCAAAGACAAUAAAAAAUUUAUCAGCAAGAAAAGGAAUUUCCUCAAUAUUAUAUGAUAAUUUGCCAGCAAUUAAAAUAUGGGCCAAAUUUUUUCUACGUAGAUUUAUGAGAGUAUAUCCACCUUAUGCCAUUCUUUUGAUUUUAAUUGCCUACAAUCAACUUAUUGUAAUCAUAAUAGGAUAUGUAGGACUUGGACAUCUAGGAAAAAAACUUAUGAAAAUCACUGCUUAUGAAGAAAAAGGAGAAUUGAUUGGUCGGGUUAUUGCCUUUUCUAUAAUUGUAUUUGCACGUACAAUUAUUGCAUUCACUCUUGAUGAUAGAAAUCCUUUAUGGUUAGAAGGCACAGCUCAUUAUUUUUUAGCUGGAUCAUUAGGAGCUAUAUUAUAUAGAGAAGCUAUUAGAUUAAAUUUAUUACCAAAGAGUGAAGAGGAAGAGAAAAAAGAUGAUAACAAUGAUGAAGAAAACAUUUACAAAAUUCAAAAAAAACCUAAAAAUAAAAAGGAUUUAUUAAUGUCAUUAGUAUAUAAUUAUUUUUACCAAAAAAUACCUACAUUUCACACGGCACUUCGUAAUAUGUUUGAUUUAUCUUGUUACAUAAUGUUUAUAAUAAUUUUAUGUACAAUGCCAAGAUUAUCAUCAAAAGUUUUGGGCUAUUCUAAUGAUCUUCGGUUGGAGAUAAAUGCAGGAGGGUUAUUAUAUGCAGCCUUAAUUCUACUUGGGCUGUUAUCACGCAAUGAAUCAUUUGUGAAAUUAUUAUCAUGGAAUUAUUUUUGUUUUUGUGGCAAAAUUUCAUUUAGUAUCUAUCUUUUACAUCCAAUAGCCUUCAAUCUGGUAAAUAAUUAUAUUAAUGAGUAUCUUACAUUUAUUGGUAAUGUUGAAACACUCAAGGAUGUAGAUCAAUCAGAUCCAAUUGAAAAAAAUAAUGAUAUGUUUGAUUCGGUGAUGUUAACUUUUUUGGUUACAAUAAUUCUAGCAUGGUUUUAUCACAAAUUCAUUGAAUUGCCAUUCAUGAAUUUGGCAAAUGCUAUUGCAAGAAAAUGGUUAAAAUAG